AUGAUCAAUUUCGAAUUAACAACUGAAAGAAAAGCUAUCGAUGUCACUGACGGGGCGAACAAUUUCUAUGUAAUGACGAGCAGUGAGGAGGAGAUAAGUGUGUCUAUCGAAGUUCCGCCUGCAGAUGAUGGGUCGAUCGAACAGGGUCAGAGUUCAUACUUUAUCUGUGAAAUACCUUGGACUCGCCAGGCGGUAGUUGUUCGAGAGCGUCGAAUCACGCAAGUCCGAUGCGGAAUC